UUGACCCUACUGUGAGGAAGCUGGAUGAGAAGUGUCUUCUCCCGUUUGGUCAUGCUCAACUCAACAAGUCUCACAACCUGUAGUGGUAUGCAGCCGUGGGGGCCGGCUCAGAGUGUGAGCUCAAGCUAGUCUACACUGUAGAGCACCCGGCACAAGAUGGAGUCCAUGGACUGUUUUUUAUUUGUGUGAACUUGUAAUCUAAAUUUUUAGUCUGUUUGGAAAAUGUUAUUCAAAGUAUGCAAUCAGGAAUUUAGAGCAACAAUAUUCAUCAUCUUGUGUAAAUGACCACUGUUUGUACACGCCUUGGGUACACGUGCCCUCCUCCAGUCACUGAACACGAGGUAGCUGUUGGCAGGCCCCCACUCCUUUAAACUGCUAUUGCUAUAGACAGAGAGACAAGAGAAGGUUCAUACAGAUCUUCAUAAUGGGCAUUGGUGUGGAGUUGUGGAGAGCUCGUAUUGGGUUGUUCAAUGGUGGAAGAGGAGGGCGGCCACGUAACGCUUCCCUGGCUCACCAGAAGCUACAGUGUGAUGUUUCUAUCGUAGUCACAAUGGUGUUACGGACGCAGUGUAGCACCCUCCAGGCUGACGAUACUACCAGCCAUCGUGAUAAGUGCGUCGUUGAAUCAGUACUAAAUAAUGCAACAGACAAAGCUCCUCCCAGUAACUGUCAUGAAGAUGUGGUUCCUGAAAAGAAAAAUGACUCAGUGACAUUCACUACUAACCAUAUCCGCAAUCAUUCCUCAAGUAUUUGUAUUGGCCUCACCCUGAUCUUAAUAGGGCUUGUCUUCGUCUCUCUUCUCCUGUUAUUGGCCGGAGAUGUAGAGCUAAACCCUGGACCUGGACUGGAUACUGUUCUGACUAUCUCUGACAUACUUGAGGUGUAUGAGAAGAUGAGGAGUGCUAGUUCGAACUGGUUCAACCUGGGACUUGUAUUGAAGCUGAGCUAUAACGACUUAACCAACUUUCGUGAGACAUACCGUGGUGACAAUGAUGUGUGUUUGCGUGAGGCCCUAGCUCGUCGACUGCAGUCAGGUGAUCCUCUAACUUGGGGAGGUAUGUGUACUGCUCUCAGGAACUCUAUAGUGGCAAGAAAUGAUGUAGCUGAAGCAAUAGAGGAAUCUUAUCAAAGUCUGGAGAGAGUCUCAGAAAGACUUGAGAGAGCUCAAGACAGCACUACAGAAACUGAGUCAUUGGAUGGUGCAAUCAGUGAAGUAGUCUCUAUAUCUCUAAGUACGGGAGAGUUAGAAGUAGAUUCGAUGGAAAUGGAAACGCUAUUCAACAAACUUGUGUCACAGCUGUGCCAGUCACUUGAAGUUCGAAGAAUUGAUAAGGACUCUUUGGUUGCUUGCCUGGUGGGGUUUAACUCUCUAAAGAAGGUUUUUGGCAAAACAAAUCAUUGUGUUUUCAGGAAUCAAAGAGAGAAACUUGGGAAAUGUUCAACUUCUGCAAGAGUUUGGCAAAUUAUUGCUGACUAUUUCUCCUUCUUUGACUAUGAAAUGGUUGAUCAGAUUACAGACAUUUUAGGGACAGCCGAGGACAAAGAGAAGAUGAAACUCUACAAAGCCAAUUUUGUGGAGUAUGCUAAACGACGAGUACGUCCAGUAACUGAAAAUAUUAGUUCAGAUUCCAGAGAAGAUGCCGUCACUAUGAUUGUAAAACUUGAUUCUACGUACGACGAUUGUGAACUGAAUCGACUAAAGCUAUUCAAACGGAAUCUAUGCUCCAUCUUAAAUUUGAAUGAGUCUAACUUAAAACUUGGUAAAAUCAGUAAAGGUUGUAUCGAGCUAACAUUUCUGUUGCCCUCUUUCAUAACAAGUGACAUCUUUCCACUGUCAACUGAUCAAGAACAUGCUCUGCAUAGUCAGGGGGUCUUACAGCUACACUGUGGAGAUGUUCAUUAUCAAGCUGAGUGUCGAUCGGAUAAAGGUGAUAACAUAUCCAGGUCCAGUUUAGAUUCUGAUGAAGGAUUGGCCAGUACUCUUCAUUCUGAGUACAUAUCUGUUGCUACUGAUUACUUAGAGACGUUCCAAAUGCACCGUUUCUUAGAGGGCCCGACAGUCAACAAAAAAGGAGAAGGUUCUAAUUCUGACUCUGACUCUGGUAUUGUGAGAAGCAAGAGAGGAGCUCGGUCUAUUAAAUCAUAUCUUACUGAGGUAGACACUUUUGAAGAGAUGCUACAAGAUUUUAAUGCAGACUUGAGUGCUCUGAAACUACAAUCUAAUGAACCACCUCCCUCGGUGAAGGUAGCAAGCUUAAAAGUUCAUUCUGCUGCGUUUAAUGGAGAAAGGACUAAACUACGAUUUCUAGUUGAAGUAUUUCGUUGCAGUCCUCUAGCUGUUAAUAGAGAAGGCAACACGGCUCUUCACACUGCAGCAGCUAGUGGAGAUUUACUCACUUUGAAGUACUUGAUUGAAGAUAGGCUAGUCAAUGCAGCAACUGAAUCUAUCAAUGGUGAAACACCACUGCAUCGUGCUGCUUUCAAUGGACACUUGAACAUUGUGACGUAUCUUGUUGGUACCCAGCAAGUGGACCCACUUGUUCUGAACAACAAUCUACUUUCACCACUGCAUGAAUCUUGUCUAGGUGGUGACUUAAACACUGUAAAGUACCUGAUGUAUGAGAGUCAGCAACAUCAGCCCGUGGAUGUUAAUGAGCAAACAGCUGACGGUCGAACAAUGCUUUAUUGUGCUGCUUUCUCUGGGAACUCUGAGUUGAUUAGUUAUCUUCUCACUGGCAAUCUCCUCCAAGGUGAUACUCCCUCUCAAGGACACUGUGAUGUUAACUGUAAAACUAAGGAAGGUACUACUGCUCUCCACUGGGCUAGUCAUGGAGCACAUCUCAAGAUAGUGCAGCAACUCAUUGACAGUGGAGCAGAUGUUAAUGUACAAAGUCAAGUUGGAGAGACUGCUCUCUGGAUAGCCAGCUCCAAUGGACACAAAAAUAUUGCUCACCAUUUGAUCACUGCUGGAGCCAUUAUUGACCUACCAAAGACAAGUGGUUUCACUCCUCUCAUGAUAGCUGCUCAAGAAGGUCAUCUCAGUGUUGUAGAACUACUGGUUUCAGUGGGGGGGGCUCAAAUCAACAGCCAGAGUAAAGAAGGUACUACUGCUCUCUACUGGGCUAGUCGUAAAGGACAUCUCAAGAUAGUGCAGCAACUCAUUGACAGUGGAGCAGAUGUUAAUGUACAAAAUCAAAGAGGUUUCACUCCUCUCAUGAUAGCUACUCAAGAAGGUCAUCUUGGUGUUGUGGAACUACUAGUUUCAGUGGGGGCUCAAAUCAACAGCCGGAGUAAAGAAGGUACUACUGCUCUCUACUGGGCUAGUCGUAAAGGACAUCUCAAGAUGGUGCAGCAACUCAUUGAUAGUGGAGCAGAUGUUAAUGUACAACAUCAAGAUGGUUUCACUCCUCUCAUGAUAGCUGCUCAAGAAGGUCAUCUCAGUGUUGUGAAACUACUGGUUUCAGUGGGGGGGACUCAAAUCAACAGCCAGAAUAAAGUAGGUUCUACUGCUCUCUACUGGGCUAGUCGUAAAGGACAUCUCAAGAUAGUACAGCAACUCAUUGACAGUGGAGCAGAUGUUAAUAUACAAAAUCAAAAUGGUUUCACUCCUCUCAUGCAAGCUGCUCAAGAAGGUCAUCUCAGUGUUGUGGAACUACUAGUUUCAUUGGAGGCUCAAAUCAACAUCCUGAAUAAAGAUGGACGGACUGCUCUCUGGGGAGCCAGCUUCAAUGGACACAAAGAUGUCGCUCACUAUUUGAUCACUGCUGGAGCCAUUGUUGACCUAUCCAAGAGAGCAGAUGGUUUCACUCCUCUUAUGGCUGCUGCUCAAGAAGGCCAUCUCAGUGUUGUGGAACUACUGGUUUCUGUGAGGGCUCAAGUCAACCGUCAAAACAAUGGAGGUGGUACUGCUCUCUACUGGGCUAGUGGUAAAGGACAUCUCAAGAUAGUGCAGCAACUCAUUGACAGUGGAGCAGAUGUUAAUGUACAAGAUCAUCAUGGCCAGACAGCUCUCUGGAUAGCCAGCCUCAAUGGACACAAAGAUGUCGCUCACCGUUUGAUUACUGCUGGAGCCAUUGUUGACCUAUCAAUGACGGAUGGUUUCACUCCUCUCAUGGCAGCUGCUCAAGAAGGCCAUCUCAGUGUUGUGGAACUACUGGUUUCUGUGGGGGCUCAAGUCAACAAUCAGGACUAUGGCGGAGAGACAGCUUUCUGGGCAGCCAGCUUCAAUGGACGGACAGAUGUUGCUCACCAUUUGAUCGCUGCUGGAGCCAUUGUUGACCUACCAAACACGAAUGGUACCACUCCUCUCAUGGCAGCUGCUGAAGAAGGCCAUCUCAGUGUUGUGUUGGCUCUGCUUUUUGUGGGGGCUCAAGUCAACAGUCAGGACAAUGAAGGUGCUACUGCUCUCUACUGUGCUAGUCGUAAAGGACAUCUUAAGAUAGUGCAGCAACUCCUUGACAGUGGAGCAGAUGUUCAUAUACAAGAACAAGACGGAGAGACUGCUCUCUGGACAGCCAGCUUCAAGGGACACAAAGAUGUCGCUCACCAUUUGAUCACUGCUGGAGCCAUUGUUGACCUGCCAAACACAUAUGGCUUCACUCCUCUCGAGAUAGCUUCUCAAGAAGGCCAUCUAAGUGUUGUAGAACUACUGGUUUCUGUAGGGGCUCAAGUCAACUGUCAGGACAAUGUUGGAGGUACUCCAUUGAUGUACGCUACAAUGAACGAUCACUCCUCCAUUGUUGAGCUACUCCUCUCAAAGGGAGCUGAUCAAUCUCAAAGAUGAGGACGGAGGUACAGUAUGUAUGCUGUGUUGAGCUGAAAAUGGGCACAUGUUUCAAUUGUAGAAUUUUUAUUAUUGUGUUGUGCUGUUAAUUUUACCACUUUUUUGUCCAUGCACAUGUACGUUCGCGUGGUCACUUGUAUUAUAGUUAUUGUUUUAGACUUAAUUACUGUGCACGUGGUUAUAAUUAGUUGUUUAGUUACCAUGGUUUUUGUUAAGGAAUGUUUAUUAGUCUUUAGAGUUUCCUGGAGCAGAGUCUCCCUCAAAAGUUUUUGUUCUGAAGUUAUAGUUAUUUGUUAAACUAGUACCAGACUAUACCCUGCAUGUAUGAUCAGUUUUGUCAGUUGUUCUCUAUUGUUGUAUGAAGUUCUAUAUAUCA